UAAUAUUAAUGAAUCCCAAACUUCAUCCUCAUCUAAUAAAGGAAAAGAGAAACCACAUGCUGAUUCGGAUAACCAACUCAACUUUAUUGAAGAAAAAAAUGUGCUCUCUCAAAUUAAAACUGGUGAACCUGCCGUGCAAGAAAACUCUGAUAAUAUAGUUAAUAGUCAAGAUAUAGAUUCAGAUUAA